AUGCUCUCGCAAACAUUACUAAGGUCGACGAUUCCGGCCGCCAGGCUCGGUUUGCGUUGCUACGCGCAGUUGCCUUUGCGUGUUCCUGUGAAAAUCCCCAAUGGGAUCGAGUACGAACAACCCACGGGUCUUUUCAUCAAUAACAAGUUUGUGCGGUCCAAACAAGGCAAGACGUUUGAAGUUUUGAGCCCCGCUACGGAGGAAGAAAUCACACAUGUGUACGAGGCGCGGGAAGACGACGUGGAGGACGCCAUUGACGCCGCGGACAAGGCGUUUAAAAGCGGUGUGUGGUCGCAGGCCGACCCGCUGGUCCGUGCCAACGCGCUCAACAAGCUCGCGAACCUCAUCGAAGAACACCAGGACAUCGUGGCCUCCAUCGAAACUCUGGACAAUGGGAAAGCGAUCACCAACGCUCGGGGCGACGUUCAGUUGGUGAUCAACUACCUGCGGUCGUGCGCCGGAUGGGCCGACAAAGUCGAUGGCCGCGUAAUCAAUACUGGCUCGACUCACUUUUCCUACACCUUGAGACAGCCUCUUGGUGUUUGCGGUCAAAUUAUCCCUUGGAACUUUCCGCUGUUGAUGUGGGCCUGGAAAGUCGGUCCUGCGCUCGCCACUGGUAACACUGUUGUCCUGAAGACUGCCGAAUCUACUCCUUUGUCUGCAUUGUACGUGUCUCAGUUUGUCGCUAAGGCUGGGAUUCCUCCGGGCGUUUUGAACAUUGUGUCCGGUUUUGGUAAGAUCAUCGGGGAGGCCCUCACCACGCACCCUAAAGUUAAGAAAAUCGCCUUCACUGGUUCCACUGCCACGGGUCGUCAUAUUUACCAGAAUGCUGGUAUGAACUUGAAAAAGGUCACUUUGGAACUGGGGGGUAAAUCUCCCAACAUGGUCUUUGCCGAUGCUGACAUGAAGCAGGCCGUACAGAACAUCAUUCUAGGGAUUUACUUCAACAGUGGCGAAGUCUGCUGUGCCGGUUCGCGUGUUUACGUGGAGGAGUCUGCCCACGACCAACUUUUGGAAGAGUUGAAGAUUGCGGCUGAGGCGCUCAAGGUUGGUGAUCCAUUCGAUGAAGCUACUUUCCAAGGCGCUCAAACCUCUCAAAUGCAGCUCAGCAAGAUCCUGAAAUACGUGGAAAUUGGUAAGGACGAAGGCGCCACUCUGGUUACCGGUGGUGAGAGACUUGGCAACAAAGGCUACUUCAUAAAACCAACUGUGUUCGGCGGAGUCACCGAGGACAUGCGCAUCGUAAAGGAGGAAAUUUUCGGACCUGUUGUUACUGUGAGCAAGUUCAAGACCAUUGAUGAGUUGGUAGAACUGGCCAACGACUCCGAAUACGGCUUGGCAGCUGGUAUUCACACCUCCAACCUCAACAAGGCCAUCGAGGUCUCCAACAGAGUUAACGCCGGUACCGUGUGGAUCAACACUUUCAACGAUUUCCACCACUCCGUGCCCUUCGGUGGUUUCAACGCCUCGGGCAUUGGAAGAGAGAUGGGAUCCGAAGCUUUGGAAAACUACACUCAAGUCAAGGCCGUGCGUGCCAAGUUGAACUUGUCUUCUUCCACCAGCUCGUAA